AUGUGUGAAUGGUUAUCACACGGUGAGUGGUGCGAUGUGAAACUCCUGUGCGGCGGGCGCGCAUUCAGUGCACAUCGCGCCGUACUCGCUAGUGUUAGCACUUUUCUGAGACGUCUUCUCCUUUCUUGUCCCACAGAUGAAUCUCCGAUUUUUAUCGCCUUACCAGAUUUUGACCUCGAAGCUAUGUCAUCAGUGCUAUAUUACAUUUACAAUGGCGAAGUUGUUGUCCCAAAAGAAAAGAUUGAAAUGUUCUUAGACAUUGUAAAAGCAAUGCAAAUAUUUGUUGACAAUCAGUAUUUACCGCAAUUAUCGGACGAGUAUAACCAAUUUGAUUUGAGUGGCCCCUGUGAGACAGAUUCAAAGAAAACUAAUGUAUUCACUUUGGGAUACGAAGGCUGUAGCGAUCAACAAUAUAUUAAUAUAAAGAAAGGUAAAGAAAUCCAGGAUGUAUUACAGUAUUCAGCAAGCGAUGCAGAUUGCAAAGAUAAACUGGUACGUAGUCAGAAUCCAAGUGGAGAGCGUAGCUCUUCUUUAGGAAAUCUGAAAUCGCCUUAUGGAGACCGACAAAGGAACUCUUUUCUACGUGAUUUAUUUAUCGAGACAUAUCCUCGAAACGGUAAUGUUAACGGUCUGACGACAGGCGUGCUAGCAAUAUCAAAUGAAUGCUAUCGUGCUCCGGCAUCUGUGCUCUUGACGAAUGCAAAUGGCAAACAUCUCAGCGGCGACGCUUCGCUCUUAGAUCCAUUUAAAAAAGCGAACGAGCACAUCAGUCAUUCGCCUACAGUAUUUCACCUUCGUAAGCAGCAACGAUGCACUCGAGAUGAACCAGAUUACGGUGAAACUAAGAAAACAAUGUAUGAGCAACCUCCUCUAAGACUUUGUUCGUCCAACCAAAGUAAGACACAUGUUUUUGGCAACGACACAAAAACUACACCAAUGAACUUAUUAAUGAAUCAUGUUGCAAUGCCAACAAACCCCUUGCUUCAGUUUGGGAUACAGGAACAAAUUCUAUCGGGGUUCUAUGUCCCGUCACUGGAUUUUAGAAUUCCACCGCCAUUAUUUGAUCCGAUGAAGCCAGUGCAAAGAAACAAAGACUUUAUGAACAGUGAUGAAACUAAUAAAUACAUAGAGAUGACUCCGUCUAAUAAAGUUACUAUUUUAAAUCAUGUACUCGAGAGUCCAUGGAGUCCUCGAACACCAAGUAAUUAUAAACCAUUCCGAAGAAAAACAGAUCCUUCCGUACAAACACAAUGUUCUAAAGAAAAGAUAAUAGAAGCUAGGACUAUUAAUGAUAGAAAUAACAAUGUUCCCAAAACAAAUAUAUCAUCAUCAACAGAUGUAGUUGAAGAAGCUGCAGUUGUCAAUGAGGCGAGCAAAGUGGCCACUGUUUCGAGUCUCUCAAAUCAACGGAGUGAUGACUUCAAGUGUACAGUUUGUAAUCAGGUGUUUACAAGCAGCGACUACCUCGCAGUGCACAUGCGCCGGCACUCCACAAACGCUCGGUACUCCUGCGGAGAAUGCGGGAAGACGUUCUCACAGCUGCGCAACUUCAAGUACCACAUGUCUAUACACAGAGGUACCAGGGAGUUCGCGGCUACCUGUACUGUGUGUGGCAAGUACUUCAAUGAUAGAGGAUAUCUUAGUAGCCAUAUGAAGAUCCAUCGAAACCGCAAAGAAUACAAGUGUACACUAUGCCCCAAGUCUUUCAACCAGCGCGUCGCGUACAAUAUGCACGUGAGAAUUCAUACAGGUGUAAAACCCCACGUCUGCGAGGAAUGUGGCAAGGCGUUCUCUCGGAAGAUGUUACUGAAGCAGCACCAGCGCACGCACUCCGGUGAGCGUCCGUACGCCUGCCCUCACUGCGACAAGCGCUUCGCAGACCGCUCCAACAUGACGUUACACUUGAGAUUACACACAGGUGUAAAGCCGUUUUCCUGUACACUGUGUCCAAAAUCGUUCACAAAGAAGCAUCAUCUGAAAUCCCAUCUGAACUUCCACACUGGAUCGAAGCCUUACUCUUGUCCGCGUUGUAAGCUGGCCUUUACGCAAUCGUCUAACAUGAGGACACAUUUGAAGAAAUGUCGAGCACCGGAGCCUACGACCGACAGUGAUACUCCGUCAACUGUUGCUGAUGUUACAAAGCCAAUAUUGUGA